UCUCGCUAUGUUGGAGCUGAGAGAGUAAAGGAGGCGAGGCUACAAACCCUAAUGUCGGAGUUUGAGAGGAUGAGGAUGAAAACUACUGAUACGAUCGACGAUUUUGUGGGAAAAUUGUCUGAACUCGCGUCAAAGUCAAGUGCUUUAGGCGUAAGCAUAGAAGAACCCAAGUUGGUGAAAAAAUUUCUGAAUAGCCUACCAAGGAAGAAAUACAUCCACAUCAUUGCAGCUUUAGAGCAGGUUCUUGAUCUGAACAAGACAAGUUUUGUGGACAUAGUUGGUCGGCUUAAGACAUAUGAGGAAAGAAUUCGAGAUGAGGAAGAUCAAGAGGAUGAUCAACCCAAGCUUAUGUAUGCAAAUAAUUGUCAAGAGGGUUAUGACCAAGGACGAAACAGAGGUGCAAGAGGUGGACGAUUUGCAGGAAGAAGUAGAGGACGUGGUCGUGGCAACUAUCAGAACAGAGAUAAGUCUCAGAUUGUUUGUUAUCGGUGUGAUAAACAUGGUCAUUACACCUCUAACUGUCCCGACAGGUUGCUUAAACUUCAGGAGAUUCAAGACACGGAUGAAUCUGAAAACCAAGAUACUGAAGAUUUACUGAUGCAUGAGGUAGUAUUUCUCAAUGAGAAAAAGGUUCAUCCGAAAAAAUUUGAAACUAAGAUAGCUGGAGAUGAUGUGUGGUACCUUGACAACGGAGCCAAUAACCACAUGACCGGGAAUCGAAGUUACUUUACCAAGCUAGAUGAGACUGUUACGGUAAAGUAAGAUUUGGAGAUGACUCGCGAGUCGAUAUCAAAGGGAGAGGCUCAAUUCUCUUUGUCACUAAGUCAGGCAAUCGGAAGAUUUUGGCUCAAGUUUAUUGGAUACCAGAUCUCAAGAGCAACAUUCUUAGUCUUGGGCAAGCAACAGAGACAGGCUGUGAGGUUAGAAUGAAAGAGAAUUACUUGACACUACACGAUCGCGAUGGGAAGCUUUUGGUGAAGGCAAUAAGGUUGCAAAACAGGCUGUAUAAAGUUCGUAUGGAAGCUGAGAGUAAUUUAUUGCAGGUCAGAGAAGCAGAUAAUCCUACAAGAUGGCAUGAGAGACUUGGUCAUGUCAAUGUUAAGACAAUGGAAUCAAUGGUUAGAAAGGAGCUCAUCAUUGGAAUUCCAGACAUGAUUUUUGCUACGAAGACUUGCGCAUCAUGCUUACUAGGAAAGCAAACGAGGAAGACAUUUCCUCAGGCAACAUGGUUCAGAGCUGCACGACCACUUGAUCUGAUCCACGGAGACUUAUGCGGUCCGAUCUCACCUGCAACAGCAGCACAAAACAAGUAAGUAUUUGUGCUUAUUGAUGAUCACUCUCGUUACAUGUGGUCUCUGCUUUUAAAGGACAAGAGUGAUGCCUUUGGUGCUUUCAAAAGGUUUAAAGCCCUCGCUGAGCAAGAAAGUGGAACAACAAUUAAAGUGUUCAGGACUGAUAGGGGGGAGAAUUUUUGUCUUUUGAGUUCAUGAACUAUUGUGCAGAAUCUGGCAUCCAGCGACAUUUGACCGCUCCUUACUAACCACAGCAGAAUGGGGUGGUGGAAAGGAGAAAUAGAACUCUGCUUGAGGAUGACUAGAAGCCUUCUAAAGCACAUGGAGGUUCCUAAUUACUUAUGGGGAGAGGCGAUAAGGCAUUCUACAUACUUGAUUAACAGAGUAGCCACAAGGUCUCUGUUAGACAAAACACCGUAUGAGAUGUUUAAAGGAAGAAGGCCGAAUUUGGAACACUUACGUGUUUUUGGAUG